CACAGACAAACUUUUCGCGUUUAUAAACCCGCCAAAAUGUGGAAUACACCCCCAUCCUCAGCUCUCACCCUCGAGCCAGUCGCCUGCGAAACUUUCAUCACCUCUCCCUUCCCAACUCGACACGCCACCCGCGAUUCUAAAUGUCUUCGCUGCAGCCCGAUAACUACGCCGUGUACCAGUACGACGCAUACGACAGCCCGCGCACCCCUCGUCGCACAGCGAUGGCCUGUCAGUUCUGCCGUGCUCGCAAACUAAAAUGCGAUGGUUUGAGACCUCUCUGCACCAACUGCGAAAAACGGAAUCAACCCUGCGCGUAUACUCCCGUCUCGGCCCAAGCAUCAAAAUAACCAGCCGCUGAUAAUCGUCCUGCAAUAGAUGUGGCGGUAGAAAGGCUAUCUACAUAUUGUCCCGCGACUCGACGUCGCAUAAAAUAGAGUUAAUACAUUCUAGGCCCCCAGACAAUUUGUCAUCGAUUCACUCAGACAAUCACCCGUGAGAUCGAGGAAAUCCUAUCCAUAUCGCCCCACUCCGGCAGUGCGAGUUUAAUCACCGCAACGUGGAAGAGCAUGAGAUAAUCUUCGGACAGACUUGACAGGAAUGAGAUCCUACUUAGUGAUCGCUUUAGAAGCGGCAUUUCUGCGGAAAGCUGGUGCGUCCAAACCACAGUUCUACGCGUGCAUCCCUCCAUUCCCGUCGCCAACGCUCGAAAAAUGGUCCAUCAAAUCAACAGUAUCGCCUGAUUAGGAAACGGACCAGCACGCGCAAAUAACGCGCUUCUCAUCAGCCGAUGAUCACCACCACCAUGAGCGCGUCCGAGCGCUUCGAACUCUCGAGUUACCGUAUUCCUGGCUCGGACUCAUGUUUCUACAUCCCGGAAUUCAUCACUGAGGGCGAAGAGGCGUAUCUCAUUCGCAAAGUAGCGCCUGGCUUUCGUCCGGCACUUGGCCCCAGUAUUUACGAGAGACUUCAGAUUCGAGAUUCCCCAGUCCAGCGGUGGAAGCAGCUGGCCAAUCGUAGGCUCCAGCUGUGGGGGGGCGAAUUAACGUCGAACAACGUCCUCGUCGCCCAGCCGAUGCCCUCAUUCGUGGAAACCUACCCCGAUAUCAUCAACCGGCUGCAACAGACCGGCGUCUUCCACGGAUCCCCGCACGGGAAACCGAAUCACAUCAUCAUGUCAUUAGUGCCUUCGACCGAUCCCUCGCAGACGCGCGCUGACGAUUCUCCAGGAACGAAGUUCGUGCCCUGUCUGCUUUGUGUCGUUGAUAUCUUUUUGACGGUUGAGGUGUGUGUGUGUGUGCGCGUGCGUAGUAUGAGCCAGGCCAAGACAGUGCCCCCUCGAAGUUCUUCCACCCCCUCCAUGUCUAAUCGACAGCUACAGCCCCACGAAGACGGCCCGGCAUACCACCCGGCGGUUGCGACGAUCUCGCUGAACUCCCACUGCGUCUUCCACUACUAUCGAUACACGCUGCCCGAGUCUCACGGAGGGCGGAGCAUAGACCCCACGCCUGUCCUCUCUCUCCUUCUCGAGCCGAGGUCGGUGGUGAUCUCCACGGACUCGCUCUAUUCGAAUCGUCUGCAUUCGUACGUACCCCCCUUCCAGGCACGGCUCGGAAUGCCAGACCAACGGGCACGCAGGAUACACGAGAUCAAGGAAGACAGAUUCACGGCGGGAGGUGCAGCUGAUUUCGUCAGUCCGAUCGCCAACUGGGAGAGGGUGACCGAUGCAGCAACGCGCGAGGUGUUGGCGAACGGUGGUGCCUUGACGCGAGGGACGCGAUACAGUUUGACGUGCCGCGACGUCGGAAAGGUCGCACAGCUCAAGUCCUUCGUGAAACGCUGA